UGUUUUCGUUUUCUGGACUCAUUGUCGCGUUUUCUCGUUUUCAUUUUCUCUUUUGUUAUUCUCGUUUUCCAAUCUCCAUAGCCUGAAUCGGGGAUUCCUCUCAGAGAUGGACGGUGGGAGCUGGAGGGCGGCGGGGCCGGGAGACGCCGGUGGGGACCCGCCUGCGGGUGACUGGAGGACCCAGCUCCAGCCAGAAGCUCGGCAACGGAUCGUGAACAAGAUAAUGGAAACUUAGAGGCAUUUGCCGAUCCCCGCAUCUGAGGGAUUGAAUGAACUUAAAAAAAUUGCUGUGAGAUUUGAGGAAAAAAUUUACACUGCUGCAACGAGUCAGACUGAUUAUCUGCGGAAAAUCUCUUUAAAAAUGCUUUCAAUGGAGACAAAGACCCAAAAUCCAGCGGCAAUUAAUCAGCCAUCACUAAAUUCAGCCGGUGGGAAUCAAAGUAAUGUAGACCCAGCAUCAGUUGGCAUGCAGUCACAAGUUGGCAACCAAGGGCAAUCAUUACCAAUUGGCAAUCAAUCUUCAUUGCAGCAACCGCAUUUGCCCCAGAAUCUUCCAAAUAAUACUCCAGGUACUUCAAUACAAGGUUCUGCCAGUCUUCCAACUCAAAUGUCAACCAUCUCUGGCAUUCCUCAGUCCGCUUUACCAAACGGUGGUCAACCUUCUAGUUUGCAAAACAUGUCCGCAAUUUCACAGACUUCCGUUAACAGUGGUGUCACACCAAAUAACUAUGCUGCUGCACAAAGGCAGAUGUCGGGUCGGCAGCAGCCACAAGCUAACAUGCAGCAACAGCCCCAAAACCAACUUAUUUAUAAACAACAACAGAUCCAGCACCAAAUGUUAAAGCAAAAGUUGCAACAUCCUUCACUUCUUCAACCUCAUAUGCAGCAGCAGCAGCAGCAAUCACUAUUGCAGCAAAACUCGCUGCAAUCUUCUCAGCAGCCUUUGAUGCAAAUGCCAUCUGGCAUUUCAGCAAGUCAAGCUAACAUUCAACAAUCACAGCCUACAAUGAUGCAGACUGGUCCCCAGUCUAGCCUUCAACAAAAUCAACAGAGCUCUGGUCAACAAUCCAUACCAUCUUUGCUUCAGCAAAAUCCCCCAUCUAUUGUGAGACAGCAGCAUGGACAACCCAAUAUUCACCAACAAUCAACUCCGCUUCAGCAACAAGCAUCUUCAGUUUCUCAACAGCCAAUGUUGUCAUCACAACAGCAACAGCAAUUAAUGGGUCAGCAAACAAAUAUGUCUAAUAUGCCGCAGAAUCAGUUGCUUGGCCAACAAAACAGUAGUGUACCAGACUUACAACAGCAGCAGCAGCAGCAGCAGCAGCAACAGAGGUUGCCUGGGCAGCAGAAUAAUCUUUUGAACAUGCCACAGUCACAACAGAUGUUGAAUCAACAGUAUAUGCAAUCACUGCAACAGCAGCAGCAGCAGCAGUUGGGUUCACAUAAUAUUGCACUGCAGCAGCAGCAGCAGCAUUUGAGUGCUCAAAACAAUUUGUCGGGAUUGCAGCAGCAGCAGCAGCAACAGUUGAGCCAAAGUAAUUUAUCUGGGCUUCAGCCGCAACCACAGCAGUCGCAGCAGCAACAGUUGCUCAUAAACCAAUCUGGCAUCUCAAACAUGCAACCACAUCAGCGUGGUGGACAAAGUCUGCAACAAAACCAGACUGCAGUACAACAACAAACCCAGCAGUCAUCAUUGACAAUGUUACAAUCACAAAGUCAGCAACCCCAGCUCCAAUCAUCCCAGCAGCAACUGAUUCAGAAUCAAGCUGGGCAGUUACAACAGUUAGGAAUGCAACAGCAGGGGAAUCCCUUACAAAGGGAGAUGCAGCAAAGAUACCAACCUCCAGGGGCCUUAAUGCCAUCUCAGAAUGCAAUUGAGCAACAGAAGCAAUUUAUCCAAUCACAAAGACUUCCAGAAGUCUCCUCAAGUACAUCAUUGGAUUCUACUGCUCAGACUGGCAAUGCAGGUGUAGUUGAUUGGCAAGAAGAGAUCUAUCAAAAGAUAAAAUCUAUGAAGGAGUUGUACUUCGCAGAGCUCAAUGAACUAUAUCAAAAGCUUCUCCUGAAAUUCCAACAGUGUGAAAGUCAAAAUCUAUUGCCACAUGCAAAGCAGUCGGAACAGAUUGAGAAAAUGAAGAGUUUUAAGGUUAUGCUAGAACGCUCAAUAUCUUUUCUGGAGAUCCCCAAGAGUAGUAUUCAACCUGCUCUAAAGGAGAAGCUUCCUCUCUAUCAGAAGCAAAUUAGUACCUUUUUGGCCACAAAUAGAAAACCGAGGAACCUUCCCCCACAGUCACAAUUUCAACCUCCUGGCGGACAUACGCAAUCCACACCUCAGCAACAAAUAUCUCAAGUUUCUCAGUUGCAACACCAUGACAGUCAUGUAAACCAGCUUUCUGCUGCAAGCAUGCCAAAUGGAUCCAUGCCAGUAUCAACACUUGGGCUUCCAACGGCACCGCAGAACAUGGGAAGCACAUUGCAGCCUUCUCCUAAUGUGGAUCAAAUACAAGGGAAUUCUUUUGGUUCAUUACAGACAGCAUCAAUCAGUUCUGCACAACAAAGUGGUGUGGGGGUUUUACAGAAUGUGAUGACUACACCUCCGCACACCAGCAUGAACACUCUGCCCCCGAGUUCAGUAAAUUCAUUGCAAACAAAUUCAAAUUUAUUUCAGCAACAGCAUCUAAAGCUUCAACAAGAAAGUCAGCAAAUUAAACAAAUGCAACAACAACGCCAGCAGUUGAUGUUUCACCAGCAACAAAAACAGCAAUUGCUGCAGCAGCAACAGCAGCAGCAGCAGCAGUCUGGGGUGCAACAACAGCUGCUCCAACAACAAAAGCAGCAGCCAAAUGCACAGUUGCCUGUACAUCAGAUGUCACAACUUCAUCAGAUGAAUGAAGAGAUGAAAAUGAGACAAGGUGCUGGAAUCAAACCUGGACUUUAUCAGCAGCAUUUCCAAGCAAAUGCACGCCAUGCUUAUUACCAUCCGCAACUAAAGACAGGCACUUCAUUUCCAAUUUCUUCUCCUCAAAAUAUUCAAGCUUCAUCACCCCAGAUUUCUCAGCACUCGUCACCUCAAGUAGAUCAGCAUGCCCAGCAUGGCCUCUUAUCAUCACUUCCAAAAACGGGAACUCCUCUACAAUCUGCUGGCUCACCUUUUGUUGUUCCUUCUCCAUCAACUCCUAUUGCCCCGUCCCCAAUAACAACAGACUCGGAAAAACCACUCUCAGGUAUCACAUCACUACCAACUACCUCAAAUAUGGUGCAUCAGCAAACAACCCUCACACCAACUCAACCACAAUCAAUUGCUGUUGGUACACCUGGCAUAUCAGCAUCACCCUUGCUUGCAGAAUUCACCAAUUCUGAAGCAAAUCAUCCUAAUAUAUCGGGAAAUGCUGCCAAAUCAAGUGCAACAGAACAUCCGUUGGAGCGUUUGAUUAAAGUGAUACAAUCCCUGCCACCUAAAGAUCUUAGCUCAGCUAUUAGUGAUAUUGGAUCUGUGGUUUGUAUGACGGACCGAAUAGCCGGCUCAGCACCUGGUAAUGGUUCUAGAGCAGCAGUUGGGGAAGAUCUAGUUGCAAUGACAAAGUGUCGUUUACAAGCAAGAAAUUUCAUGUCUCAUGAUGGUAACACGAUAACAAAGAAGAUGAAGCGUCAUACAAGUGCCAUGCCUUUGAAUGCUGUCUCAUCAGUUGGAAGUCUCGAUGAUAGUGUCAAGCUACUCUAUAACCUUGAUACAUCUGAAUUGGAGUCGACCGCAACAUCUAGCACGAAGAAGCAAAAAGUUGAGGUUAAUUUUUCCCUACUGGAAGAGAUUAGGGAGAUAAAUCAGCAGCUGAUUGACACAGUUGUUAGUAUAAGUGAUGAGGACAUCGAUUCAGUUGCAGCUGCAACCGGGAGUUGUGAAGGGACCGUUGUGAAAUGUUCUUUCAAAGGAGUGGCUCUCAGUUCAAGCUUGAAAUCCCUAUUCGCCUCGGCGCAAGUGUCUCCGAUCUUGCCUUUGAGGCUACUCGUUCCGCCCUGUUAUCCAAAAACUUCGCCCACCGUCUUAGACAGUCUGCCGGUUGAACUGAGCCAAAACUCCGAUGAUCUUUCUGCUAAAGUGAAGUCAAGGUUCAGUGCAUCGCUGCGCUGUCUUUCACAGCCGAUGUCGGUGAAAGAAAUGGCGAGGACAUGGGAUGUUUGUGCUCGAAAGGUAAUAGCCGAAUACGCUCAGCAGACUGGGGGUGGCAGCUUUAGCUCGAGAUACGGCGCUUGGGAAAAUUGUGUGAGCGCUUGACUUAUGAUGAUUGAUCAUAACUCGGGUUCAUCGACAUUUUGUUCAUCCAUCAACUUUUUUAUUUUUGUUUUUAUUUUUAUUUUUAAUUUUAUUAUAUGUAUCUGAAUUGGCAAUGGAACCUGUUUUUGUGUGUUUUGUCAGGUUUUGUUGUGACUGCAUUAUUAUUUGCAUAUAGAACCAGGAUUACAUUA